AUGCGAUUGCAGUAUCACAACCGUGGUACUGAUAGCGAGUGCCGUCUGUGUGUCCGCAGGAUGCUGCAGCGGGCGCAGGAGACGGGCUACAUCAACAUCAACUGCGUGGACCCGCUGGGCCGCAGCGCGCUGCUCAUGGCCAUCGACAACGAGAACCUGGAGAUGGUGGAGCUGCUGAUCGAGUACAAGGUGGAGACGAAGGACGCGCUGCUGCACGCCAUCUCGGAGGAGUUCGUGGAGGCGGUGGAGGUGCUGCUGGACCACGAGGAGACGCUGCACCGGCCCGGAGAGCCGCACAGCUGGGAGGCGCUGCCGCCGGACACGGCCACCUUCACGCCGGACAUCACGCCGCUCAUCCUGUCUGCGCACCGCGACAACUACGAGAUCAUCAAGAUCCUGCUGGACCGCGGCGCCACGCUGCCCAUGCCGCACGACGUCAGGUAG